AUGCGCCGCGAGUGUUGAUAUAUAUCUAUCGGUAUUUAUCUCUCUGACUACGCUCUGCGUUGUUCGGAGAGUGAACCCUUUAAACAAAGAUAUAUCAUAUGAAAUUGAAAGAGCAAGAAGGGUUGUUUUGUGAGCAAUUGGAUUCUGAGAAUCGCAGAAGAGCCAUUUAAGGCUCUGAGAUGUACCAUACGUUAUUCGGGAUUGUGCUUUUUGGCGGCGAGAUUCAGUGGGAGAAGGAGCGAUAAUUCCUCACUCAAAUAUUUUAUCAUUUAUUUCCAUUCUGCCACAUUCAAUUAUACCCAGAAAUAAGCAUCAUCUUGCAAAUUCAAUUCCAUUGCAUAGGCCACGAGUCAUGGAGACAACCUCGGAGGGGGAGGCUGUGUCCUCCGUGAAGUGCUAUUGCUGCGGGUUAACGGAGGAGUGCACUCCACGUUACAUUGAUCGUGUGAGGGAGAGAUACCAAGGUCGAUGGAUUUGUGGGCUGUGUGCUGAGGCAGUGAAGGAAGAGGCUUUGAAGGAUGAUAGCACCGAUGAAGCACUCACGCGCCACAUGAAGUUCAGAUCUUCCACUUCUAGUCCACCCAAAAAACCUACCCUUGACUUGAUCCUCGCAAUGAAGCACCUUCUUUUUCGCUCUUUGGAUUCUCCCAGGAAAGAUCCUUUGACUUUUCGAUCACUGGGUAGAUCCCACAGCUGCUUUUCAUCCAUGUCAGCAACUUCCAAGGUGGAGACACAAUCCGAGACUAGAAUUGUACGAGGUAGAGAGACUAGAGAGGUCAUAACCAGUGAAUAAUUAGCCUUGGCAAUCUAUGGGUCAAGGUUUGUUUAUCUUGAUUUAAGUUCAACUUCUGUUUCUCGGUGACGUUGUUGUUUAGGUUAAUUAAUUGGCUUUCUACUUUGUGAGUGGCAUUUACGAUUGAAUGGAUGAUUUGGCAGGAGUGUUCCUUCCUUGACUUCAAUCUAAAUGUCACUUCUCUGUUUGAUUCAUUAGUGCAAUGGCAUUUCUCUUCUUUAUUAUCUCCAUGGUGUACCCAAUUCAACCUACGACAUUUCUUUUAAAUGUUUCAAGUUGCACAAUCACAUAUAUGUUGAAGG